CAAAAAACAAUGGUUGUAGUUCCUCUUUUGUUCCUGUUGGGGGCGUUGUCUCACUGUGGUCAUGUGGAGGCCCAGUCCAGCACUAAUGAAAUGCUGAAACAAGCAGCACUUCGGUGGAAGGGACCUCUGACCUGUGACAAGUGGGACUGCAAUUGUUCUUUCACUCGCCAACGUGGCUGCUGCUGUGCAGCCCAAGAGAUGUACCAAGCAGAGGAGGACACCUUUGUCAGAAUGACAUAUCUGUGGCAUGACAUCAGCACACUGAAUGACAAUGUACAGGCAUUCACAGAUAGCCUCAGGUAUUCCUUCAAAGCCACCAUGAACACAGAUAUUGCCAUCAAAAUUCCUGGAUCUACUGAAAAUUGCUUUGGUCCUUUCAAUACUAAUGUACCAAUCCCCUACUCCAUCGUCUCUCUUAACGAUGGAUAUGGAUAUAACCCUUCCUUGGGUGUCUUCACUGCCACUCGUGCUGGAGUUUAUGUCUUUUCCUUUACAGCCUACUCAUCUGUGGAAGCCAAUGGGCGCCUCUAUCAUAAAGUCCAGAUGGUAAAGAACGGUCAGCCGAUAAGCGGUGUGUGGGAGAACAAUCGAGAAGAUGGCGAAGACAGCGCCAGUCAGGUUGUGUCGCUGAACAUGAUGAGAGGUGAUCAGGUCUAUGUAGAGCUGAUAUCUGGCAGGAAGCUGUGUAAACAUCUGCAGUACAAUGUGUUUGCUGGUUACAUGAUGUACCCCUCUAUGGAUGAGUAACACACCACUGGAGAUCCGGGCUGCUUAAAUGAUCUCAUUUAUCCUCGCUUGUGUGCUUUGUCGUAUUUUGACUCACCAGAAGUGACGUGGGAAAUGCUCCAUAGCUGAACAACCCCUGCUGUAGAUACAUAUAUAGACAUGUGCUUGUGUUUGCAGGCAUGUUUAAUCGACAUGA